AUGACUGAACAACGAAUAGAAGAAAUCACAAAUGUUUUGAAACAUGUUAAUUUACCAUCUAUUAAUCGUGAAUCAUUUGAAAGAAAAUUUAUUCCGAAAAUACCUACUGAUGAAGAUUUAAAAAGGAAAAGAACAACAGAUCUAGAAAGAGCAAGUGAAAACCUUAUACAAAUUAAAAAGGAAAUUACAGCCUUAAAUACGUUGAGUCCUAGAGAACAAGAAAGAGAAGAUAAAUCAAUCAUUGAAGGCCUAAAUCAUUUAUUUAAUAAUCAAUUUAUGGCAGCAAAAAUGAUGUUUGAAGAAAAGGCAAAUUGUGAUCCAUUGCACGCUUUAGCUUUAAGUUUUAUGGCUUUUUUAAAAGCUAUUAUGACUUCUGCAGAUCAAGAUCAACGAAUGGCAUUGGAUGCGUUGAAUACAACGUAUGAUAUAGCUAAUUCACAACUAGAAAUGGCCAAGCAAUCGAGAAAUAAGGUCUAUAAUUAUCUUUCUAGUUAUCUUCAUUAUUUGAAGACUAAAGAGAAUACAAGUUCAAUACCAACAACACCUAUACAGCCUUCAACAGAAUAUCCUCCUAAUAGUGUAUUACGAGCUUAUGUCUUGAAAGCAGAAUGUUGUCUUCAAAUCGCUAUCUUACAAUUAUUACAAGAAUCUAUCAUAGGAUAUACUAAAUGUGGUUUCAACUUAAGAAGAGCUUUCAACUCUUAUAAUUAUGUUUGGCAAGAAUAUCAAAAGAUGGGAGCCGAUCAUUUAGCUUUUAUGGAUGCUAAUACCAUUUCUGCAGUGCAAUUUGGUAUUGGAUCUGUUCAUUUAGUCCUAUCAGCUCUACCAGCAAAGAUAUUAAAAGCAAUAGCAGCCUUUGGUUGGAAACCAGAUAAACAAUUUGGAUUUUUAUUACUAGAUCAAUGUCAACAAAGCAAACAUGUUAGGUCACCUAUGGUAACUAUUAUGUUACUUGCUUAUUAUAUAACUACCAUGUCUUUUGCUCCUCAAAUAAUGAUAGAUGCCUACAAGGCGACUGCUUUCGAUAUCUUACUCGAAGCUCAGAAACAAUAUCCUAAUUCGGCUAUUUAUCUUUUCUUUGCUGGACGUCUUGCUCGUUAUAGCUUUGAUUUCCCUUUAUCUACACAAUCAUUUCUUUGUGCAGCAGACAUGAGUCAUAGUGAAUGGGCUGAAAUAGCAAUGACAAACUCGUGUCGAUUUGAAAUUGCUUUAAAUCAUAUAAUGACAGGUAACUGGCAUCAUGCAGCAGACACAUUUGAUUAUUUGUGUCAACAGCACUAUUGGUCAGCAGCAUUUUGUCGAUACGCACAAGCUGCAUGCUAUGAAAUGAUCGGAGAUCGUACAGAGGCGAUUCUAGCAUUUGCAGAAGUAAACGAACUUAUCACGGGCAAUAAAAGCUUUCUAUCAGGAGGAGGAGGAAAAAAUCGUUUAUCAGAAAUCGAUAGCUAUGUACUUUCUAAAGUAACCGUCUUUCAAAAGAGUGGUUAUCAAAAUCUAAAUUUUUUCACACCUUUACUCGAAUUUAUGUGUAUUUGGAACUUAUUUCCUUGUAUGAAUUCUGAUUUAUUAUGGACGUUAUUAAGUCAUGUUCAAUUAGCACUUGCUACUAUUCAAAGAUGCGAAAGACAAGAACAGACAGAGAGAAUGAGGGAGUUGGCACCUGAGAUACCGUUACCCGAUUAUUUCAAUGAGCGUGCGUGUCUAUUGGUUAUCAAGUCAUCUAUUUUAAAUGCAUUAGGACAUAUAGAAGAUGCAACAUUAGAUAUUAACUGGAUUUUAGAUCAUAAAGACUGUAUUUCACAAGAUACAUGGACAGUCCCUUAUGCAUUAUGGGAAGCAGGAGUCUCUUAUUGGAAAUUAAAUCUUAAAAACAAAAGUCGACACACAUGGGAGAUGGCGCUUGAUUAUGGCAAACAUGAUUUUGAGCAUAGAUUAGCUAUGCGUUUAAAUUUUGCUUUAACUUAUGCAGAAGAAUUAGGAUAUACAGAAACCAACAAGAACUGA